GAUAUUCAACGAAUUUUACUGGAAAUGCUUGAAAAGGUUUUACUCCCACAUCAGUUGGAGAAACUUAAAUCUGAGAACAAAAACUUAACCACUCCAGAUUUUAUGAAUUAUAGAGAACCAGCCCCAGAAAUACCUGA